AUGGAGGUUACAUCUCUCUGCAUCGGAAUGUUGAUGACUAUGUUGUUGCUGCUGGUCGCACAUGUUAACUUCAAUUACUCUCAAAAAGCUGAUGCAUCUUUUCCUCGGGUUGUUCCAAACAAACAGCAGCACUUUGAAUAUGAGUCCAUAGUUGUCAGCUGUGAGGGACUGGAGGGACUGACUGGAUGGAGAGUGAUGAGGAAGAUUAAAGGAGUUAUUAAAACAUGUUCUUCUACCUGGUCGACAUCGACAGGACCUUGCACAAUUAAUAAUGCCUUUCCAGCGAUUGACAGUGGAGAAUACUGGUGUGAAAUGGGAGUAAAGACAAGCAACACUGUCAACAUCACAGUCACUGCUGGCUCUGUGAUCCUGGAGAGUCCUGUCCUUCCUGUGAUGGAGGGGGAAGCUGUGACUCUGAGCUGCAGACAGAAGCAGACGUCCUCCAAUCUCACCACUCAAUUCUAUAAAGAUGGUCACCUCAUGGAGAAGAGUUCUACAGGAGAGAUGACCAUCCACAGUGUUUCCAAGUCUUUCGAAGGACUCUACAAGUGCAGAAUCUCUGGAGUUGGAGAAUCACCAGAGAGCUGGCUGGCUGUCAGAGCUGUUUCAGUGAUCCUGGAGAGUCCUGUCCUUCCUGUGAAAGAAGGAAACAACGUGACUCUGAGCUGCAGAAAGGAGACGGCUUUUUCUCACCUACCAGCUGAUUUCUAUAAAGAUGGCCGCCUCAUCAGGAGCAGCUCUACAGGAGAGAUGACCAUCCACAGUGUUUCCAAGUCUGAUGAAGGACUCUACAUGUGCAUCAUCUCUGGAGCUGGAGAAUCACCAGAGAGCUGGCUGGCUGUCAGAGCUCCUUACAGAGAGACCUGUCUCUCAUUGGAUCACUUCAGGACUGUGUUCACCAUAGUGAUGGUGGCCCUGCUGCUGCUGGUGGGACUGCUGCUCUCUGGGAAACUCGGAGUCAAACACAAAUACCUGAUACUCAUGUGUAAAGGUAGUUUUGAUGUCGAGAACAUCCCAUCGUGAGUCUAGAAAUCCACCAACUCAGGAAAGAUGCACUUUAAAAAGCAUCACUAAGAUUUCUUUUACAUUUCAUUUUCAUCUGUUUUUAUUUUGACCUUUGUUUAAGUUGGGUUGAAGGUGUCGAACUCUCUUGUUUACAUGUUCUUAUUUGCAGAGACUUUCUCACACAGAAAAGGUUACAAACCACAGAGGUUCUGAUGCACGGAGUAUUUUCAAAAGGCGAGCUGUCAGUAUAUCUCAGUAUAUGUUGGUCUGUGUUUUGUUUUAGACUCAGAUGCUGCUGAUAAUUUGAGCUCCUCAGACACAAACCACAUGAGAACAUGUAUGUCUGUAGAAGAGGCGUUCAGGAGCCUCUGUAGAAACAACAAACAAUGUAAAGGGUAAACUGUGUCUUGUAUAUUGGGAAGUAUAAGGACAGAAUUGAGUCAGUCUAAAUAUUCACAUUUGCUCCUGUUGAACCAUCUGCUGUGUUACUGCAUCACCUGCCUUUUUGUUCAGUCUUUUGUUUAGUUCUUCCAGUUGUUGGUUCUGCAGGAUGAGAGAAGAGAGAGUUACAAAAUAAUGUUACAUUAAAAUCGAUUAUGUUUAUA